AUGGCUUCACAAGCAUGGUGUCAAAAAGAAAGAGUAAAAAACAAAGCAUGGUUUGUUAGGGUUCUUUUAACAGUAUUCUUCAGAAUUAUUGAGAUUAUUUCAGAUAUGAUAUUCUGGUUUAUUCACAAAAAAAAAGAAAAAACUAUUUUGCCCCCAAUAGAGAACUUACUCUUGUUAGAGAGUGCUUCAAGUUUAGCCCGAAAAAUCAGAGAUCAAAAGAUUACCAGUGAAGAAGUGGUCAAGGUGUUCAUUGGCAGAAUCAAGGUGAUCAAUCCAAUCAUAAACUGUGUUGUUGACAAUCGAUUCGAGCUGGCACUAAAAGAGGCACAAAAAGUGGACCAGAUGAUUCAAUCAGGGCAAAAGGACAAAGAGACUCUUGAAUUAGAGACCCCUUUUCUUGGAGUUCCAUUCACAAUUAAAGAUUGCUUUUCAGUGACAGGUUUGCGCUACACUGCCGGUUUAGUUAAGCGCAAAGAUAUCAUCGGUCAGUUUGAUUCUGACGUUGUGGCACUUAUGAAGAAGUCGGGUGCCAUAAUUUUGGCUGUCACAAACGUGUCUGAACUUUGCAUGUGGUGGGAGUCAAACAAUAAAGUAUACGGUCGGUCACGCAACCCCUAUGAUACCAAUAGAAUAGUCGGUGGCUCAUCGGGCGGAGAGGCCGCUUUGCUUGCGUCUGGUGGUUCUCCAUUUGGCAUCGGCUCUGAUAUUGGAGGAUCCAUCCGUAUGCCAGCCUUCUUCAACGGAAUAUUUGGACAUAAACCAACAAGAGGAAUUGUAAGUAACUUUGAACAGCAGCCGGUAGCUGAAAAAGUUCUCCAGACGUUUCUUGUUACCGGACCAAUGAGUCGCUUCUGUUCAGAUCUAUUGCCGAUGUUUCGGAUCUUAGCUUCUGAUAACAUAACCAAGCUUAAAUUAGAUGAAAAGGUUAAGGUUACCAAAUUACGGUACUUUUACAUGGAAAAUUUUGGUAAAGUUCCACUAUUAAGUCGUGUUCACCCUGAUCUAAAGGAAGCUCAAAUGAAAGUAGUUCGUCACAUUCAGCAGGCUUACAACAUCCCUGUUCAGAAAGUUGAAUUUUCAAAAUUCUACCACGCGAUGGAAAUUUGGUUUGUGAAAAUGAGUACCGGUGGGAAUCCGACUUUUGCAGCGGAAUUGGCAAUGAGACAGGGUGAAAUCUCCAUUGGAACUGAGUUGCUCAAGUUUUGCGUUGGACAAUCUGACUAUACUUUGCCUGGUCUUGCAAUGGGUUUCCUAGAAAAAUUUAGCCUUUCUUCAACGCACCCGACAUCUGUUAAAAUGAUGGCCAUGUGCGAUGAAUUGCGACGCGAGCUACAGGAACUGCUGGGAGAUGAUGGCGUUUUGCUUGUACCACCUCAUCCAACUCCGGCUUUAUACCACAAUCAACCGCUAACGAAGCCGCUCAACGCCGCCUACACAGCAAUCUUUAAUGUGCUCGGCUUUCCUGUCACCCAAGUACCUCUUGGUCUCGGAUCGUGGGGCGUCCCGUUAGGAAUUCAGGUUGUUGGCAAUUUGUAUAACGACCACCUGACUCUAGCUGUCGCAACCGAACUCGAACGUGCAUUUGGCGGUUGGGUAUCUCCUUCCACCAUAAAUUGUUGAUCACUUCCAUCAGCAUUUUAUCCAUCGUGAAGAUAACACAUCACGAUCAAAUGGGAUAGAUCAGUGACAUUUUCUACAAUUAUUAUUUAAGUUGAAAAGAAGAAACAUGCUAGUUGUUUACUUCUUUGCUUCUACAAGUAUUUUUUGCUGUCUAACAAGUCGGAGUCUAUUUGUGGCAAAAAUUGCAUUCCGAUAGCAUGUUAAACGGUAUCAAUGUACAAUUUGUGCUUAAUACAAACUGUCUUAUCAAUCCCUAA